AUGUCGUCAAUGAGAAAUGCCGUUCAACGAAGAAACCACAAGGAACGAUCGCAGCCCGAGGGGCGAGCACGAUUGGGUAUUCUGGAGAAGCGGAAAGACUACAAGUCCCGUGCGACAGACCAUAAACAAAAGAAAGCGCGACUCAAGAUCCUCAAGGAAAAAGCCAAGGACCGCAACCCCGAUGAGUUCUCCUUCGGCAUGAUGAGCAGCAAGGUCGACUCGCAAGGCCGCAAAGUCGCAGAUAGGGGCAACAAGGCAUUGAGCACUGAUGUGGUCAAGCUGUUGAAGACGCAGGAUGCGGGAUACAUACGCACGAUGCUGCAGAUGGUUAGGAAAGAGAGAGAAGAGCUAGAGCACAAGAUGGUCUUAGAAGACGAAGAAGUCAGGGUGUUGCGGGAUGGCGAAGGGGGCAGGAAAGCAAGGCAUAUCCUAUAUGUAGGGAACGUGGAGGAACAGAAGGAGUUUGAUAAAGAAGAGUGGUUUGGCACCGGCGGCGAGUGGCCGGAGAGAGCAUGGAAUCGUCCACGGAGAACGAAGGAUGCUAUACAGCGGGAUACCGACCGCGAGGAAGAGGAGGUGCGGCCGAAGAAGCUAUCAAAGAAACAACAUGAGGCUAUACACCUGGCGGAGAAGGAAGAACGGGCGGUCCUGAAGAAGAGAGAGCGGGCUCAACAAAGGGCAGCAGCACACUUAGAUGCUCUCAAGGUUCGCGAGCGCGAUCUUAUGGCCGCAGAGGAAGAAUUGGAGAGGCAGCGAGCGAAGAUAAACAACACCGUGGGCGGAACGAACAAGCAUGGCGUCAAGUUCAAGAUUCGGGAGAGGAAGCGAUGA